CCGCAAUUCCUUCUGCCUCUUUCUUUCGGCGUCUCCUCUCUCUGCGGCGCGGAGAUCUGUCGCCAGUCACUUGUUCGUGGAUCGGGCGGCACCCUCCUCACUGCGAUGGAAGGAGAGGUCUUGGUCCGAAAAGACAGCUGCGAAGACGUCCAGUGAGGAAAGGAUCUGAGAAAGAACUCGAAAGCAGGAAGAGAGACGAAACACCGAGAGGGAGGUGGAAGGAAGCGAAGUUGUGCGAAGCCGCGUUGGCCUGCGAGGUGGAAACGGAGAAGAGAGAGCGAACCAGAGCUGAGGAGAAUCGGCAAGAGAUUUGGAGGCCUUGAUGCUUGAGAGUGUUUGUGCGGUCGUAGACGCGACAUGCCUUCGCUUUUUCUGCUUUGCUGAAUUCUGCCAAGGCAGAAAAGAGAGAAGACGCGACGCAAGCUCAACGCUUCUUCGUCCUUCCCCUUUCACAGAGACGAAGACGCGCGUCGAUCUUUCCUCGUGCGUCUGUUUUUCUCGCUCUUCUCUCUUCUUCCCCCUUUCCCGUCUCUUCUCUUCUGGUUUCUUCUCGCUCGCCCUCCUCUUGUUCUCCUCUGCUUUCUUCUCUCCUCUGCUCUCUCUCCUCUCUCUUUUUCUGCCUUCUCUCCUGUCCUUUCUUCUCCAUUCCUUCCUUCGUUCUCCUCGCGGCCCUCCUCUGUUCACCAUCUUUUUUCUUGCGUCCGCGUCUCCUCUCUCGGCCUCUUGCCUUUCCUCUCUCUCCCUUCCUCUCGCUCGUGUCUUCCUGAAAAAGAUGUUUUCGCCAGCAGGGAGCGCCCUCGGAUUUUCCGGCCUGCCGCCGGCGCCCGGCUCCACUCCCUUCCUCACUGUCACCCCCAACAGCUCCCGGCCGAUGGAUCAUCUCUCCUCGCUCGCCGACGAGCGCGCGCCUCUCUCUGCCGCCUCUUCUUCUGCUUCUUCGGCUUCUUCUGCUUCUUCUCCGUCUCGGUUUGUGCCGCAGUUCUUCGGGCCGCUGCCUCUGACCUCCAUCCACGUCGUCGACUGCCGGGUCGGCGAGCCUGAGUCUCUCCAGAAGCCGCACCCGGAGGAAGCGCGGUUUUCUUCUCUCUCUUCUUCUUCCUCUUCUUCCUCUUCCUCUUCUUCCUCUUCUUCUUCCUCUUCUGCUUUCUCGCCGGAUUCUUCGCGGUUCUUUUCCGAGUUUUUUGCAGGAGUGCGUCGACUCCUGCCUUGCACGUUGACGGAGCGCGACGCGACGCUGAACGCCGCGUUGGCAUCUGGCGGUGGACCUUCGCUCUCGCAGUUCGACUCGCAGCUCAGACACCUCGUGACUGGCCAGCGGCCGCCGCAGCCAUGGCUGGACUUUUGCAUGCGCCGCGGGAAGAAGGCCGCUCUCACCGAGGCCGCGCGCGCCGAGAGGCCGGCGAACUCCAGAGGUCACGGCGCAGACGCGACGGCCGAAGCAGACCUGCAAGACAACGCCGCGGCGAGACAGCCAGUCAGAGCAGCAGACGAAGAGACGCGAGGCGAAGAAGCAGACACCGUGGACGGAGACAACUUCGUUGAGAGGUUUCUCGCCGUCGAUGUGGAGGCCAGCGACUUGCCUUCCUGCCCUGUCCUCUCGACAGUUCAUGGCAGCGGCCUUUCUCUCCUGUUAGCUGGAGCGCGAGGGUCAGUCGGCGUCUGCGAAGGAGGUCGUUUCGCCUGGGAAGUCAAAAUUCUGGGUCUGAAUCGCGAAGCUCCUCUGCCUUCUGCUCAGGCCAAAGCAGGCGAUGUCGAAGGCGCUCAAGGACCGCUAGAAGCUCCUGAGCACAACACCAGUUGCCUGCUUGCUCCGGAACUCCCGUCUGUCGAAGCACUCCAAAAUGAAAGCCAAUCGUCUCCACUGCCGCCUCAAGAGAGUAUUGAGCCCUCUUCCUCUUCUUCCUCGUCUUCUUCGUCUUCUUCUUCCUCUUCGUCUUCCUCGUCUUCUUCCUCUUCUUCCUCGUCUUCUUCCUCUCCCUCUCCGUCUUCCUCGUCUUCAUCGUCUUCUUCUUCCUCUUCGUCUUCCUCGUCUUCUUCCUCGUCUUCUUCCUCUUCUUCUUCGUCGUCUUCUUCGAUUGUGGUGAGUGGGGAAGAGCGACUGAGGCUUCGUCAGAGGACAGCAGAUUCGGUGGCGGCCUUGUCUCUCGCGUCCGGCCUAGUACGCGUCGGCGUCUGUGGGGCGGAAGACAGUCUUUUUCUGGGGGACAGCGCCACCAGUAUCGGCGUCGACUCCGAGGGCGGCUGCUUCACUGCAGGCGAAAUCGUGCGUCUUGAGCGGAGCCCCAGUGAGGCGUCUUCUCUCGGCGCUUCUUCACUCGUUUCCGCGUCGCAGCCGAGCUGCUUGCCAGUCUCUUCGUCUGUCGCCGGCAGCGGGGACUUCUGCGGCGAAUUGACGCAGCACUCGUCUGGGGAAUCGGUCGAUUUCCUCGGCGUCGCGGCCUCCGAGUCGCGCGAGCAGGCAGGAGGUGUCAAGGCCUGGCAGUUCGAGGUCGGAGACGUUGUCACGGUUGUCCUCAACAUGCGAAAGGAAUGCCCCUCUUCUGGACGUUGUGCGGCCUGCGGCGGCCGCCUAGGAACGGAGCAGAGAGAGAAAAGAGAAGAGGCGGGCGAGAAGAGAGGAGAAACGGGGGAGAAAGCAGAAGAGGGUGCGGCGGUUUCGGAGACGUCUCUUCCAUGCAUAUGGACAGAUGGAGAGACUUGCAAGAGACCAGGAAAGAGAAGAAGACGGCGAAAAGCAGACGCGCUCCCGGAGUCAGGUGGGGAGAAACGAAACGCAUGCGACGGCGCAAGUCACAUCCCCACAGAGUCACAUGAAAGAGAACAACUCACAAACUGCUCCUGCUGGUCGAUAUCCUUCUUCCUCAAUGGCACCAGGCUCCUCGGCGCCUUGAAACUCCCCAAGGCUUGUGAGGGUCAGUGCCUCUAUCCGUGCGUCAACGUCAGAGGCGCCGCCAGUGUUGUUGUGAAUUUCGGAUCUCGGCCGCCGUUUUCUCCCUUGCCCUUUUGGUGUCCGAUGCUGCAAGCGCACAGCGUCUACGCGCCGGCGCUCGUGUCUCCGUCGCCUCACCAGCUUCUCUUUUCUCCGGCGGAAGACCCGCGCGCCUCUCCUCUCUCCGCGGAAGUGACGCUCUGCGUGGGGACGCCUGGCUGCGGACUCUUCGACUUCGUCGACGCCUGGAAACGCGAGAGAGAGACGAGCCGCGGACGUCCCUUGACCGAGAUUUCCUCGCGAGCUCUGGCGCGCUGGAUCCUCCUUUCAGUCCGCGCAGAGGCUCCGAAAAACGCGCUUUUCGACGAUGAAGAAGCAGAGACAAUCGUUGCGUGCUCGCGCCCUGACAGCGCCGACUCCGGAGACACCUGGACCGCCGCUGGGCUCGCCGCCGAGACCGUCCGGGCCCUCGGGCGCCUGCGGCGCGGCGCCGCGGCUCCGACCGCGGUCGGAGGCGAGAGGCCUUUUUGCGGCGGAGACUCCUGGAGCUGGCGAGGCGGCUCAGAUCCCGACAGCGUCGCCGAGCCGGUUAGCCUAUGCACAGGCAUUCCGGCGCUCGACGAUCUCCCGCGUCUGAAGUCGGAGCUUCUCUUGCUCGCAGCUUCUUCUCGGCGCGGGGAUGUGUUGGUCGUGGACGUCGGGAAUCUGCUAGAGAGCCGCCGCCGCGAAAUCGCUCGACUCUUCGAGUCCCCGUGGUUCUCACGGCGGUGUCUUCUCGUCGCAGGCCCACCGCCGCUCCCGUUCGCCGCGAAGCUGCAGGCGAAACUCCACCGCGAGCAGCCGCGCCUGCGAAGCCUGCUGCGCCGCCUUCGGAGACGACAAGAGGAGGCAGAAGACGCGGGAGACUCGUCUCUGUGUGUCGGCCUGCGUGAAGACCUCGAACGUUUAGAAGAAGAAUUCUCUGAGGCGCGCAUGCAGCCACUCUCGCCGACCUUCUCGCCGACGCAGCCGUGGACGAACGCGUUUGUCGAUGAUGUGCCUCUGCAGAGUCUCUCCUGUCAACCGGAACCGUUCUCGCUCCCCAGCGCCGAGGAGGGAUUCGCGGUCGAAGUAGCGUGGCGAGAGAGCGUGGAGGAGGCGGAGAAGAGCUUCAGAGCGUGGAGACAGAAGGUCGCCGACCGCCGGCUCUGCGAACAGCUGCAGCCACCGCCUUGGUUCAAGGCGCAGUUGGGUCUCUGGGAGGACAAAUGUUUGGCCCUGCAGGAGUUCCAGCGCGCGACGGCUGCGCGCUUUUCGCGGGCGCUGCUCCAUGUGGGCGCGGAGUCGACUGUUCUGCCUCCGGACUUCGACUUUGGAUUCGCAGAUCUGGCGCAAGUGAUGAGAGACGGCGGCGACGCCGGCAACAGUUCCGUGAACAAGCUCCUGCAAGCGCUGAGAUCCGUCGAAGAGCAUGCAGACGGCGCGCUGCUCGGUGGGGAGCCAGAGGGCUCGCUUCUGCUGCCUUCGCCGAGUCGCGUCUCUGGAUCUUCUUUUUCAGAGCGCCUGGAGUUCGUGACGAAGAAAGCUGAAGAUGAAAUCGCGUCUUACUCGACCAAUGUCGACUGUCGUUUCCCGGCACACCUGUCAGAAGGUCCCUGGGUGCCUGUGCCGCCCGUCGCUGCCGUGGGUUCCGAGGCUUCUUCUCCGUAUUCUGCGGCGCCGUUCUCCACCUCCCUGCUCUGUUCUCCGUCUCCGUUUUCUUCUUUUGCCGCUGCUCGGCCUUCUUCUCUUGCUGCUUCGUCGUCGGCUGUAGGUCAGAGAGAGCUGGAGAGUGGGGCGUCGGCGGAGGCGUUUCUCCUCCAGCAGGUCGAGGGCGUCGCUGCUUCUUCUUUCGCGCCUGACGCUUUUCUCGAGAGAGGCGAAGACGCCGCGGCGCUCGGCGCGUCGAUGGAGGACAUCGUGAGAGAACAUCAAAGGAAAAUGGAACAUGUUAACAAAUUCGCGGCGCUCGCACAGGCCGCGUCUCCCCAGGCGCCAGGUCUCGCGCAUGCCCCGCCCUCCCACGGGCGUCCGAGCGAGGAGGGGAGAAACGCGCAGGUUCCGCGCGACGGCCGCUUUCCUCUGUUCAUUCACUUCGAAUCGGAAGACUGGAAGCUCUUGGAGGCACGAGUGGAAAUUCACAUGUUCCUCCACGCUUUCGCCCAGGUUGUGAAGGCAAACGAAGGGCGCAUGCCUGUCGAGUGGUUUAGCCUGUACUUCUGCCUCUUCUUCGAGCGUCCUUUCAAUGCAGAAGACUUCCCCAGCUGUCUCACCUUGGACGACCUCUUCGACCAUGUCUCCGACACCGUCGGCUUCUCGGAUGAGCCGCCGUUCGUCUUUCCUCUCUUGCCUGCUCAGACGCCUCUCGCAACGUUUAUUGCCUUAACCGAGAAAGCUCGUCGCCUGCGCCGGUUCAAGGUUGAGGAAAAGAAAGGACGGCGACUACGCUCCUGGAAGAUUGUCUCGAAGCUUCACUCUCCGAAAGUCUCGGCGAGUUCAGGGACAGCUGAACAUUUAUCUCCACAACUCUUCUACGCCAGCCAAGCUUUUGACGCAAGGCAUAAAGUCGCUCCCGGACAAGCGGGAGUUGCAGACACUCGGAAGCGCGGACGAGCCGGCGUAUGCACCGAAGGAUCGGCAAGUUGGGAGGUUUUCCGCGGGAUGCAACCCACAGGAAGUUCUGCCGCAGCUGGGAGCCGUGGCACAGGGGGGUCUGGCGCGGCUUCUGCUGGCCGCGGGCGUCUCCGGGGAGGAAGCCGAGGCGACGGGGCCGGCGACAUGUAUGCUGCGUACGGGAUGCCUGGGAUGGCGUUUCCGCGGGGAAGUGGGCAGGGGAGUUACUACUACGAUCCAGCGUCGCUGCAGCAGCAGUACAUGCAGUACUUCCACGCUUACCAACAACAGUACUUGGGAUACUACCAGCAGCAGAUGAUGCAAAACCCGCAGUGAGUCACCACGGGGGCGUCGCUUUCUCCGUGGCGCGAACGCAGGGAGUAAACGCGUACUUCUUGCGACGAGGAUAGGCUCACGGGCAUGCGGGACGGCUGCGUGUAGUUGGGGUUCGACAGACACGAGUGGUUCAACCGGUUUUUCACGGAGCCCAGUGGUCGGUUUCGGUCAAGGAUACCCCAGUCGCUGAGUUCGUGUGCUGUACACUGUACAGACACCCCACGCUGCAGCUAGCCAGAACUGAGACUGACCCCGAUUUCGAGUCGGUAAAAAGUGUGUUGGUGGUACCGGCCGCGACCGCUCGUGAAACUGCGACACGAAGGCUGCAAUAUGCCGUAGGAACUGUGGAGCAUCCAGUAGCGGAGACGUUGAAGGCACAGGCAGUCAUCUUCACCGUAGAGAUGUUGUUACCGCAGGGCUCAGGAAGCCGCGCAGAGUGUUGGGCAUCGUCAUCUCUGAUUCGAACUAGGUGACAGCAGUGUUUUCUAGGGAAUGGGAACCCUAUGCCUUUUCGCAGUAGACCGCGGGAAAAACAACCCGUAGCCUGAGUCUCUAACAUGCCUUUUACCUACAACUGCACGCAACGUGAAAAACCUCCAGGCACCCGAUGAUCUACG